CAAGCCCCAGUAAAAAAAAAAGGCUUCAACUCCUCCUGAACGGAUAGAUAAGACUUUUCGACAGGCUCCGUCGAUCUGCACAUCCGUAGAAAUCUAUCAUCUUGCAGAAAUGUUCUUACUGACUUUUAACUAAAAGAACAGUAAAUUCAGGGAAAGUCAGACUUCAGUAAAUGUCAGCUACAGAGUGCUUCUGGAUAUGAGUGGAGGAAUCAACUCUGUGUUUUUCCUGGUCAUUGCUGGGGUCUUGCUCGGUGGUCUUGGCUGCUCAUGUGAACUCGCAGAUGGCAGAGGGAACAUCAAGAAGGUGGAGGAGCCCAGAUCGCCUCACCUCAUCUUCAUCAUGGUGGACGACCAGGGAUACGGAGACAUCGGCUAUCAUGGCUCCGACAUCAAAACCCCAGUGUUGGACCAGCUGGCGACAGAGGGGGUCAAACUGGAAAAUUAUUAUGUUCAGCCGAUCUGCUCACCAUCUCGCAGUCAGCUGAUGACAGGACGUUACCAAAUUCACACUGGGCUCCAACACUCAGUCAUUCGACCACGUCAGCCCCUCUGCUUGCCUCCAGAUAUUCCCACCCUACCUGAAUGCCUGGUUGAAGCUGGGUACGCCACUCACAUGGUGGGGAAAUGGCACCUGGGAUUCAGCAGGCCGGGCUGCCUGCCCACGGGACGUGGAUUUCAGAGUUUCCUGGGGACUCUGACCGGCAGCGGGGACCACUUCUCCUACCAGAGCUGUGACGGUGCGGAAGCUUGUGGAUUUGACCUGCAUGAUGGGAACAGACCUGCCUGGGAGAUGAGGGGGAACUACUCUACGCUGCUUUACGUUGAGAGAGUAAAGCAGAUCCUGAGGAGUCACAACCCUGACACCCCUCUCUUCCUCUACCUGUCCCUUCAGGCUGCACAUACACCCCUGCAGGUACCAGAUAGUUUCCUGCACUAUUAUGAUUCUCAGAGCAAUCGCCACAGGCGCCACUACGCAGCCAUGUUGAGCUGCCUGGAUGAAGGGGUUGCACAAGUUGUCAGGGAGCUGAAGACUAAUGGGCUCUACCAAAACUCAGUACUGGUCUACUCAUCUGAUAAUGGUGGGCAGCCAGUCUCAGGGGGAAGCAACUGGCCGUUGAGAGGAGGCAAAGGGACCUACUGGGAAGGGGGUAUUCGGGCUGUAGGUUUUGUCCACAGCCCCCUUCUGAAGAGGAAAGGUGUUGUCAGUAGAGCACUGAUCCAUGUUUCUGACUGGUAUCCUACAUUGCUUGGACUUACCAGAUCCCCGCAGUCCUGCCGUGGUCUGGACGGUCAUGAUGUGUGGGGUAGUAUCAGCGAGGGCGUGCCCAGUCCCCGCACUGAAAUCCUUUUCAAUAUUGACCCCGUCUCCAGGAAGCCCGGGGAGCCAUACUACAAGGCACUGGAAGUCAACGGUUUUGGGAUCUGGGACACAGCCAUAAGAGCCGCACUUAGGGUCGGUGACUGGAAGCUGCUGACAGGAAACGUGGGUGACGGGGACUGGAUCCCACCACAGGCUCUUCCAGACGGUCCGGAACGGUUGCAGAAACUUGAGAAGCGACUCAGCAGGCUGGGAAAGUCCGUUUGGCUGUUUAAUAUCAGCAGCGACCCAUACGAGAGGUCAGACCUCGCAGAGGCUCGCCCGGAGGUGGUGAAACAUCUGCUGACCAGGCUGGCAGAAUACAACCAGACUUCUGUGGCAGCCAGGAACCCACCGGACGACCCCAUGGCUGACCCAGAACUACAUGGAGGAGUGUGGAGCCCCUGGCUCGGGCUGAAGGGACAAGGGGGAGGGGAUGAAAAAGAUGAUGGCAAAAAGGAUAGGAUAUUAAAGAUUAAACACUGCAAAUUAUGCAAAUUAAAGGCCCUAUUUAAGAAGGUGGGGUCUCGCCUGCAACGCAACACCAUAUUUUAAAUGUAUCAUCUAAUAAAACUACUGAGCAAAAAUUACCCAUUGAAGUAUGAUCUACAGUUUACAGCUCUGUUGAGUUUGAGUUUCCCCCUUGGGAAAAUAAAUGAACAAUUAACCAUUGAACGAUUGGUAAAAUUAAAGACAAGGUGAGCAAAACUGUAUUUCUAGAAGACCUUGGUCUGAACAAUCAAAAGUCUAAACAUUAAAUUAAAAAAGAGAAAAGUCUUUCAAGCAGUUGUGUUAAAAGGCUUUUCUGAACAAAUAAAAAAACUUAACAAAAUGUACUUUUAUAUCAUUUGGACAUACAGUAUAGGCAAAUAAACAACUCUAUUUAAAACUGCAAGUUGGGACAAAAUAACAUUAAGAUUUUAACUCAUGGUAAAAUAUGCAACAAUUUGGCUGAACUUUGUGGAGCAGGAACACUUUGUUUGGUUCUGUCUGCUUAAAUACUGAUCCAGCAAAAACCAUUAGAUUUAUUUUUAGUCCAAAACCUCAAUGCUUAGAUACUUGGGAUGUUUAAUUCAGACGUUUAAUUUUUUUCCAGUUGUCUAAAGAUUUAUUAAUAAAAUGUUGAUUUAUUGA